AUGGCCGUGGCUUGGAACUACGACACACAAGGCAUGUGCAUUGUGCAUCCUGCGUGGCGUAUCCGCUCGUCGCACGCGUUUGUCGUAUCCCUAGCCAUGAUCUUUUUGAUCAGUGUGUUUUAUGAGUACCUCAAGUAUGCAGUGCGAUGUAUUGACUGCGAGAUUGAUCGUACCGCGGCUACAAACGUACACGGACUCCGUCGCGUGCGCCACGAGGGGCCUGGGAACAGUGCCGCCGCACUGCGUCCUUCGCGCUCAGCCAAUGCCCGAAAAAUGACUGCGGUAGCGUUGAAUGAUACGCCAUAUGAUACAGACACGCUGCGCGAGCGAGAAACGGAGCCCGAAGCGCUCACACGGCCGCGUGGUCUGCCUUGGAAAAUGCCGCUCGCACUCCAGACCCCAUCCCGGCUGCGCGGCCUGCGUUCGUGUGCGUACGGCCUGCAAGUCUUUAUUUCAUGUUUUCUCAUGCUGGUCAUGAUGAGCUACAAUGCAUGGCUAAUUUCUGUCAUCGUAUUGGGUGCCACGGCAGGCAAUUUCUGGCUAGGCCACCGAGCAGAGAUGGCCAAAGAUGCGGAAGAUGCACAUAUUUGCCACUAG